UAAACGACUUGAAUGCAUGACCCGAAUUCCUUUUCGAUAACCGGUAUAUAACCGGCUUUACCAACUCUGUCUUAAGGCUUCCCGUGCUCGAGGAAUCCUGUGCGUCACUCACGGACAAUUACUGAGGCGGCAAAUCAGGGAGGUCAUAUUGAUUCAUAUUGAUUGUCAUCCGGUCUGGAACUAUGGUUGUAAAAGGAACAAAGAGAAUGCAAUGGAUGGCUCCUUCUCCGGCGUCCGAAAUUAUGCAGGCGGAAGGGCGCUCGAUUCAUUUUCGCAAAAACGUGCAGAAAACAUCAAGAAAUCUAGGACCAAUCCUCCAGGAUCCAGUCGGUCUCCUUUGUCUACUGUUGAUCAGAAUUCACCCCUUGCCUUUGUUAUGGGAACCACAACCAAAGGUUGCAACUUAACUCCGCUGUCUACUUGGCACUUUAAUGGGAAUCAUGGUCAUGGUUUCAACUCCCAGAUAACAAGCACAGGUUUUGACCGUACCCCUGUACAUAGCAUUGGUCCAAACAAUGCUCCUGGCCAUGUGUUGGAGACACAAGAAAGAGAAAACAUAUAUAUGAAGAUUCCGCAAUGAACUACCAGAUCCGACAGAACAACGAAAGCUUAUGACACUGAAAAGAGAUAAAGAUUGCUUAUUGAGAUCUCAGUUAUACGGUGAGUCGAUGACACCACUUAUGUAAAUAUAAUGCAAGUGAAGGUGGCCAUGAGCAACGAGUUAAUUAGAAGAAUGAUUGGAGGACGAACUCUGCUGGGUUCAGUCUUGCCGUCAUCUUCAAAACACGGGUUAUCACAUAGUUUGUGAUUUGAUAAUCAUCUGCUUACAGACCUUUGAAUGAAACACAAAGGAGGGUUCCCUGGUAAUCAUAGGCUUUUUAUUGUUUAAUUGCCUUUUGACUUCCUUCAUUGUUAGGAUGCAGAUAAUUGUUUUCCUAAUAGUGCAGUGUAGUGGUUUAAUUAAGGUGGUAUCACAUGAGUCACUUAAACUAUGAUAGUUUAGAGUCAUGAAUGCAAGUUCUGAUCUUUCCCACAUGUGGUUUGAUGCCACCACAGAUAUUAGCCAAUCCAGUGACUAAGAGUCAUAGUGAUAAUGCACCUUGAUCCAGGCAUUUUUUGAACUAGCCUAUUGUACUUUCCUCUUACUGAUGUUUUUCGAUUUUGGAAUAUAGGAUUGGGCUAAUAUUUCAUAAUUUUGAGAAUAAUGUUAAGGUCAGCUAAUAUCUUAUUUGAAUCUCCAUCCUCUUGGCUGUUGGGCUGUAUUCCUCAACAGCUAGCAAUGUCUGAAAUGUUUAGACAAUGCAGAGAAAAUUAUAAUUUAUUAAUGAUAUAUUUCUUCGCAAUAAUUUUUCAUAUUUUUAUAUAACUUCAUGAAUAUAUUCUCAUUAUUUAGUUAUUUUCUUUCAAAAUUAAUGAUAUAUUUUGUAAUAAUCAACAUAAUAAUAAAUAUGUUACAUGAUAUAUGGACACUGAUUUUUGACAUUUUUAGAGAAUUGAUAUUUGAUAUUUAAGUGAAACAUAAUUUGUUCUUUUGUAGAUUGGAAUUACAAAUACAGUUUCACCACAUUUGAA